AUGAGUACCGAGGAGCGACAGGAAGCAUUUUCCCAUGCAGUAGCUAUCCUCGCAGCGAAUUUUCCUGAUACACACAGUGCCGAUGUGGGUCACCAGGCCGCCUCCUGGGCCCAUUGUGAAAGAAGCAUCCCCCAUGUUGCGGCUAUGCUGAAGAAGAGUGAAGAAUUCCAGAUCUUUGAGAACCUAUACCAACCUUUUGCCGAGCUGCUACUUCGCUGUUCUUGGUACCUUUACGAGAGAGAGAACUACAGCAUUGCCCUGUCAUACAUCGAUGGAGCGCUGAAAAGGUUUUCUAGCAAAGACACCCUCGCUUAUGCGAGUGAAAUUGAUCUCCGAGGUUUGAUCCACCUUGAUAUCUGCCACUUUACAGCUGCGCUAGAGGACUUUGAAGAAGCAUUCAAGAUACGCACCAAGAUUCUUGCCGAUGGUCACUCAUUGCUAGCCGCCAGUCAGGUCAAUAUUGGUCUUGCACUUACCGAGCUCGGGGAAGCUAUCGCAGAUCUUAGGAGAUUCGGGGAUCAGCGAAGAAAGCAAGAAGCUUCUCGAUUGGGCGGUUUCGCUUAA